UUUGUCUUGCAAUUAAUUUGUCAUCAUGUGGACGACUCUGAUGAAGUUAGACCUGACCUCUGUUUGCCUGGCUCUGUUUCUGGGCUUGAUCUUUAUGGUUCUGUUUGAGAUCUUUAGGAUUAAUUCACACAGAGGUCAAUUUCCACCUGGUCCCAGACCGCUGCCUUUUGUGGGAGUGUUACCACAGGCCAUAAAGAAGCCAAUGGAGUCCUUAAGAUCUGUGUCACAAUAUGGAGAGAUCUCUACUAUCUAUAUCGGAAGAAAGCCAGCAAUAAUCCUAAAUACAAUCCAGGUCACUAAGGAAGCAUUGGUUCAGGAAGCUUUUUCUGGAAGACCAUCUUUGCCUCUUUUUGAAUGGAUAACUAACGGACUUGGUAUUUUAAUGGUCACGUUUGGUCACUCCUGGAGACAGCAGAGGCGCUUUGCUCUGCACACACUCAGGAAUUUUGGCCUGGGGAAGAAAUCAGUAGAAGAUCGUGUGUUAGAGGAAAGCCGUUAUCUGAUUGCUGAAAUGCUUAAAGAAGAAGGCAAGCCUAUGGACCCACAGCAUGACAUACAGAAUGCGGUUUCUAACAUUAUCUGUUCAAUCGUCUUUGGAGAUCGCUUCGACUAUGAUAACAAACACUUCUCAUACCUUCUGAAAAUCUUGAAUGAAUACUCCAUGCUUUUAGGGUCAGUUGCGGGACAGAUUUUCAACUUAGUCCCCUUCAUCAAGCAUUUCCCUGGACCACACCAAAAGGUCAUGAAGAACGCCACUGAGUUAUUGGGUUUCAUCCGGGACGAAGUAAGAGAACACAAAGAAACUCUGGAUCCAGACAGCCCUCGAGACUUCAUUGAUGCCUACCUGCUGGAGAUCGAGAAACAAACGUCAAACGAGGGCUCCACGUUUCAUGAGGAGAACAUGGUUAUGUCAACACUUGACCUGUUUCUGGCUGGAACCGACACCACAACCACCACCAUCAGAUGGGGUCUCCUCUUCUUGAUUCAAAACCCAGAUGUACAAGAGCAAUGUCAUGAGGAGAUUGUUCGGGUGCUGGGUUACGACCGCUUGCCCAGCAUGGAUGACCGUGACAAACUACCGUACACAUACGCCACUGUUCACGAGAUUCAGCGCUGUGCCAACAUUGUACCCUCUGGCGCUGUUCAUGAAACAACUCAGCCCACAAAACUACGAGGAUACGACAUUCCCAAGGGAACUAUGAUCAUGACAAACUUAGAGGCAAUUUUCAGUGAUAAGAAGCACUGGAAGCAUCCGGACGCCUUUAACCCGGAGAAUUUCUUGGAUGAGAAUGGGAACUUCUUCAAACCAGAGUCUUUCAUCGCCUUCUCAUUGGGUCCGAGGGUCUGUCUCGGGGAGACUCUGGCGAGGACCGAGCUCUUCUUGUACAUCACGUCUCUCCUACAGCGGAUUCAAUUCUCCUGGCCACCAGAGGCACAGUCCAUAGACAUGGAUGGGGUCAUGGGUCUCGUCCGCUAUCCUCAGAACUUCAGCAUCAUCUGCCGCAGCAGAGAUACCAAAGAGUGACCAUCAGUAACCCCAAAAACAACAUACAGACAUCAUUAGGCCAUCAUACUUACUGAAGAACAAAGCUGCUGAGACACACAAGAGCAUCUUGGCUCAUCUAAAUCAUCGUCUAUAUCUGUUAUUUUAUUUUUAGAACAAUUUUCAGGUAAUUCUGAUUAAAGGAACACAAAUAUUUAAUUUUCAGUUGAAACAGCAUAAAAAAUGACUGAUGCAUCUUUAUAGUUAUGAACAUUUAUUUUAGCAUAAGCAAAUAAUUGUGUGUUUGUGCAAUCAAAUGUUAAGUUAAAUUUAACUUGUUUGGAUCAGUAAGUUUGACAGCUUGAUGUCAUAGAAUGGUGACAUCAUUGCGUAACCAUGACGCAAAAUGAAUUAAUUAAUUCCCCAGGAAUGCAUAAGCUGAUAUUUUAUAUCUAACAUGUUCUGUAAGCUGCUUUGUAUGCUGCCAAGAAAAUGUAGUUAUAAGGUUAAGCUGAUAAAGUGUUCUGUUCUUCUGCAUACAGUUCAAGGUUUAGUCUCACCUUAGUGAGAGUUGUCUUCUAUCGAAGCUUUGUCUAAGAACUAAAGGCUGACAUUUUUGAGGGGAAUCCCGCGGGUCACAGGAAUCAGAAACAAAAUCACUAUUAAUCAUGUGAUUGGAACGGGACAGGAAAAAAUGUCAGCGGGAGUGGGUGGGACUGGGAAUCGUAAUAACACUGAUACCCAACUUUAUACACAAAUAUACCUUUUAUAUAAAUAAAUUAUAAACUGCAUAUUUUAAUUUCGAACUCAAUUCUAGUUGCCCUGUCUCUUUAUGCUCUCCUCCUGUUUGCUUUGGUGUGGCUGGUUAAGUGAAUGAUGUACACAGUCCAUGACUGACGUAUCGUUAACGGCUGGUCUAUGUGGUACAUUGGGCAGGACAUCCAAAAGCCCACCUAUCAUUCAUCGAGCUCAGAUAUAGUUUUUCAUCUGAAAGAUGUAUGUAGUAAAAACUUUACAUGGCUGCUCAAUCUACCGUAAUGUUAAUGUGCGCUAUUGAAGUGUGUGCGGAAACUUAACAGCAGCGGGCUCACAGCAGGACAGAUUGCUCUUAAAAUACUCUGUAAUUGUUGGUCAUACAGUACAUCUUUUGAAUCUUUAAAGACUACGUUUAUUUGUGUUCACUCAGAAUGACAACAAAAUGUUGAGCUUCUGUAAAAUAAUUCAAGCAAACAGGAUGUGUGUGAACUUGAGCGAGAAACUUCAAAACUCUGUGUAUGAAAAAGAAAUCAAUAGAGAAUAAAAUGUCUGCUACAGAAUACUUGCGCUAGCAUGGAUGAUUUACAUGAAAUAUAAUGUGUGCAAUACACACUAUGCAUUGUUUAAGAUGGCUUUCAGUUCAAUAA